AGAGCCAAACUGGAGGCGCCACCCAAGUACAACGGCAGCAAGGACGAGCUGGCCGGAUGGCUCGUUCAGAUGCAGGCAUACCUCACCUACUAUGUCGACCGUUUUCCCAAUGAGGCUGCCAAGGUUGCAUUUGCUGCGCACCGACUUGAAGGAAAAGCACUUCGGUGGUUCGAACCAACGCUCAAGGACUUCCUGGAGAAUCCAGACCGAGCUGAUCAGGAAGACUUCACC